CCGGGAAGUGCAUGCCAGGCGAUAUAAGUCGUGGUGAGAUGGGUCGAUUUGCCCUCUGCAUCGGUCUAUUUACCCAAAUCGUGCCUACUAUCUUGCAAAACAUGUUAGUUAUCAUGUUUCCCUGUGCAAUGCCGCACUUCCUUCGAUCUGCUUUCCCAGAUUGUGCGGCAAAUGGGAACGAAUUCGUUUGGGAUUUCGGCAUACCGACAAAUUGGGCAUGGACGGUGACUCUGGUGGACAUGUUUUCUUCGGGGUAUGGAAUGUGUCUAGCCUGUGUAGCGGUAUCGUUCGUGUUUCAUUGCGGGGUUACCUGUGUGGCGGAUCAUUUGAAAAGAACUCGAAAUUCACUCAACCUGCAAUCUAUCCUGGCUUACAAACAGGCACAAAUUCUAACCACUGCGGUCAACAAUAUCAACCAAGUGGGAAACCUGCCCAUCAUGAUUACUGACCUUACCUGGGUGGGCAUCACCUGCUUCUACGCCGUCAUAGCACACAAUUCCAAACUAUCUGUUCCAGCCCUUCUCAUCGCCGUUGUGCUCGGGGUUGACUGCACUUUUGCCACUUCUUUCGUCAUUUAUAAGGCGGGCGCUGAUCUCCACGGGCUCUCGCAGGAUAUCCUGCAAAAUUGGCGGGGUCGGAAAAGUAUGUUGAAGAAUCGCUACUUGAGAAGGAUGAAGGCGUCGUGCAACGUGCUAAAAAUUAAGUUGGGAAGUUCAGGAAAUUUUAUCGAGAAGGCGACCCCUCUUAUCAUAUUCCAGUUUAGUAUGGAGCAAGUAGCCAGCCUGUUGCUAAUUUCGGUUAAAGAGAAGAGAAAUUUGCAUGCAUAAAAUUGCCCAUAAAAUGCGCCAGACCACAUUAUUUACUAUGUAUACGCGUUUCAGAAUUUAUUAAA